AUGCAAAUGGUAAGUAAUUCCUUACGCCAAGCAGCUACUUUAACUAGAAUAAAUGCAGCUGUAGUGUCGAAUAAUGUUACUGCAGUGUCCCGUGGUAAUCCAACUAUUCUAUCACAGUUCCCUAUAAAAAAAAGCACUUCCAAAAUUUAUAAUAAAAAGUGGAAAAAAGAUAUUGUUUAUCUUUACCAGUUCAAUCGAGCUUCAUCAUCUCCCAAUAUUUCACCAUUCUGCUUCAAACUUGAGACCUGGUUACGAGCAAACGAACUGAAACAUGAGCUGCGGAGUUAUUGGAAUUUUCAACCAUGGGAAAGGUAUUUCCCAUUCAUUGAGUUGAAUGGAGAGAAAUUUUCCGAUUCACAGCUCAUCAUGGAGCGACUACAGAAACAUUUCAAUUUAAAUGAUGAGUUGAUGGAUGCUGAUAUUGGCGUUGCGCGAGCUAUUGAUCAGAUGAUUGAACGCAAUACGCAUUACUUGUUGCUUUAUUUCAUAUUCGUGGAAAAUUUGUCUAAAUUUGUGCAAGGAAUGGAACCGUCAUUAAUCAAGAGAUGGUUUAUGCGUGGUACGAUAUAUCCUUUCCUUGGCAAGGUGCAUCGGAUAUUCGUGGACGUUGGUUUUAGUAAGUGCUCGAGAAAUGAUCUUAUUAGUAUGCUGCAAAAAGAUAUUGCUGCAAUUGAUGUAAUCUUAGGUGAUAAAAAAUUCUUGUUUGGUGUGAAACCUACUACGUCUGACUUCACAGUUUUUGGACAUUUGGCCACAUCAUAUUAUUUACCAUUUCGUCAGCCAGUAACGGAUAUAUUAGAUAAUAAAUAUCCACGAGUCAAAAGACUGAUUGAGCGGAUGCGACAACAUUAUUAUCCUGAAUGGGAAUUUAACACGUGA